GUCAAACUUUUGGGAGAGCUGAUGAGGCGAGGUACGAAGUACAUACACAGUAUAACAACUCUGGGCACCCUCACCGUCCCGUCCAGAGGGGAUUCCACUCAUUUACUAUCAAUUACGUGGUCAAGGAGCAGCGAUCAUGGCAGAAAUCCACAAGAAACCCCUCGAGCAUCCGGCCCCCGGUUGCACACCCGCACCCCAUCCACCACUCACGCCUGACCAACAGAACAAAUACAACUCAGUCCUCUCCGCCGUCCGAUCCUGGGAAUCCAUCCCCAAAACCAGUGCCAAAGGUGCCGAAACGGCUCCCUUGUCUGACUCUGAAAAGCUCUGGUUAACCCGGGAAUGUCUGCUGCGGUACCUGCGCGCUACAAAAUGGCAUGUCCAGCACGCUAUCAAACGCCUCCAAGACACACUGGUUUGGAGACGGGAAUACGGCACUGAGGAUUUCACCGCCGACUACAUCUCCGAGGAAAAUGCUACGGGGAAGCAGGUGUUGUUUGGGUAUGACAACGAAGGGCGGCCGUGUCUGUAUCUGCUCCCGAAUAAACAGAACACGAAGAACAGCCCCAAGCAGGUCCAGCACUUAGUAUACAUGCUGGAGCGGACGUUGGAUAUCGCGCCGCCUGGCCAGGAGACACUGGCGCUCCUGAUCGAUUUCCGUAAUAGUAGUGCAGGGAGUCAGCCUAGCGUGGGAACGGGCAGGGCCGUGCUGCAUAUUUUGCAGAAUCAUUAUCCAGAGAGGUUGGGCAGGGCGUUGAUCACGCAUCUGCCAUGGUACGUCACCGCGUUCCUCAAAGUCAUCUCGCCCUUCAUAGAUCCCGUCACCAAGACGAAGAUCCGCUACAACGAGCCCCUCACCGACCACGUGCCUGCCUCUCAACUCAUGAAGAAUGCCGGAGGUGAAUGCGAGUUCGAAUACGACCAUUCCGUGUACUGGCCGGCGUUCAACGCCCUCGCAGAAACAAGACGGAAAGAAAGAGUAGAUCGAUGGGAAAAGGCGGGCAAAAUCAUUGGUGAGAGCGAGAUCUAUCUUUGGGGCGGCGAGGAACCUAGCGUCGUUGCUCAGGAGCAAGGAGAGAAGGUGGAGGAGGUGGCUAAGGGGUUGGAGAAGUUGGACGUCAAUGCCAGUGAGGAGGAGAAGACGUCUGAGCCGGCUACCUCGGAUGGAGCGGCAAAACAGGAGGAGCAGCCUGUCACACAGGCGGACGAGAAGAAGCCUGACGUUACAGAAGAGACAGAGCAGAUUAAAGUGGCUGCUUGAUGAAUCAGCAGGUCCAAGGUAUCAAUCAUGUUCAAGAGCUGGAGUAAUCAUAAUAUACGCGCGUCGAAGUAGCGGCAUUCUAUACAACUUUCGAAGAUUUACUUAGAGUACUAUAAUCGGUUCCAAUGUUAAGGAUUGGCGCUCUCACGAGAGUGCGCAGAUUCAAGGUUUUUGAGGAUAUCGUAUGUAGACAUAUCAAAGUCGACCUAACUCAAGCUUAUUGUCCGUCUCAAAACCAGGCUUUAGGCAAAACUACUCAUGACAUAACGUCAGUGGCCAAGAAACAUGAUGG